AUGGCGCAUCUCUCCUCAACACCCCCGAAACGAUCGGCUAUCUGCACAACCUUGGCCUUGACUGGCUGGGGCCCGACCGCCAUGAGCCAAUGGUUCAUCGAGCAUCUUCACAUAUGGGGUGGCCUCCCAUGGUGGGCCUCCAUCGUCGGUUUCGCAGUCAUCGUGCGUCUCGUCCUGGCCCAGCCCGCCCUGGUCGCCCAGCAGGAGAGCGUCAAGAUGAACAAGAUGCGCAAGGACCCGGUCUUCAACUCGCUUCAGGAGAAGUGGGUGAUGGCUCUUGCUGGCGGUAAUGCCAUGCCCCACGCCGAGCUGAUGCAGCUGCGGCUCCAGAUGAGCCUCGUGCGCGAGCGCUACGGCGUCAAGGCCUGGAAAAUGUUCAUGCCAAUGCUGCAGGCGCCCAUAGCCUUCGGCAUGUUUAGGCUGACAACCGGCAUGCGCGCGAUUCCAUAUAUGAACCCGCAACAAGCAGCCUUCAUGAAAGUCACGCCGUGGAUCCUCGGCCCACUCGGCUUCUUCAUCACGUGGAAGAUGGGCGCCGCCGUGCAGCUAUACUUUGCCGCCACCGCCAUCCUCCAAUUCGCUCAGACAACCUUCUUCCACGUCACCUGGAUCCGUAAGGCCGCUGGUCUCCCACCCCUGGAGGAGAUGAAGCAAAACGCGAGCGGCGGUCCAGCCGGACCCCGUGUCAGCCCGUUCGCCAACAGCGGAGGGAUCCAGUACCAGGUGCCCCGCACUAUCAACACCACUGCCACGGAGAGCACUCCUGAGUCGGACAACCCCAUCCAGGCUUUCAAGGGCGCAUGGUCUGGCCUUCAGGACAAGCUGAAGAAGCGGAACGAGACAAAUGCGCAGAAGGACACGAAGAGGGACGCCGACCAGUAUGAGAAGACGAGGAUUCAGGAGGAGCACGAGCAGUACUUGAGGCGGCGAGAGGCGGCUAGAAGGAACGAGUGGAAAUGA